CUGUAAUCCAGGCUUUUACCAUGGACAGCGUGUCUCCUAACAAACGCCCCUCACAUUCCCUGCACUCCCUUCUGGUGAGACAGGCGUCUUACAUGAGACACACUGACAUACUGAAGCUUUUCAUGCAAGGAUAACAAAGCUUGCGUCUUCUAAAAUAGACUAAAUGUGCCACACUCUACAAGUCCUUUAUCACUUAACUCACAGCAUUGUGCUUCAUACUAUCUGUGGGCGAGUGAGGUGAGGAAUCUGUGUGGAGUUGACACAGGAUUUCUAAGGGAUUGUGGUAAUCUUCUGUGCAUAUGAAUGACAUGCACAGACCAGCACUCAAGAGCCCUGAUCCCAGUCGCUGUUUGGGUCUGUCUCCAUGCAACACCCCUACGCUCAUUCUGCAGAUUCCAGUAAAGAUUUUCCUGGUGUGCCCUCGAAAUGAAUGAUCUCAUAAAACCUAGAGAUUAUGCCAUUGCAAUUAAACACUCUGCUUCUAUUGUAAAUAUCUUCUAAACCUGUGACACUGCAUGCACUUUUUAACAUUCAUGGAAGUAGGAUAUAAAAUUUGAUCCGUUUAACAGUGGAGCUUAAAUAUCCUGGAAAGACGGGUCUAUUAUUCAAAUGAAACAAAAGGCAACAAAUGGGCAUAGAUGUAAGAAGCUCAAAGGAUUUAGUAUUUAUCUCAUACAUCAACAACUAAAAAUGGCCCCAGUAAGCUAUGAGCAACUGAUGGAGAACAAUGGCCUACUAAAAAUAGAGGCAAAAAGUGCUUAAAGCCAUAGGAAAACAUGACUGGCACUAUAUAAACUCAAGUCCUUGAAAGCCGAAGCCAUUUGAAAAGGUAAGAGGAUGCUCAGAACUAUGCGCUUUGAGAACCUUUGUUCCACCGUGCAGCUGAAUGGAUGGCAGGCUCUGCUGGAUGAUAGCUGUGAGUUAGGACAGGAUCAUUGGGAAAGAGCUCAUUUACGCUCAUUAUGGCUCUACAGAGCUGUAGUGAAGGGAGACACAGGAGGGCUUCGUAACCUUCUUAAAAGGAACUAUAUUGAUGUUGAUGUCUUUUACAAUGUGAGCUGCGAGGAACUUGAGUGGCAAGCUAAAACAGACACCACCUUUGGACCCUCAGGUCUUUGGUCUUUGGAGUAUAAAAGAGAACUGACAAGCCCACUGUGUAUUGCUGCAGCUCAAGGUUUCACUGAAUGUCUGCAAUAUUUACUGGAACACGGCGCACACCCCAACCUUAUUGCAGGAGGAAAAGCGGCACUUCAUGAGGCCUGUGUAAAUGCCAGCACUGAAUGUGUAGAGCUGCUGCUGGAACAUGGGGCUAAUCCUAACCAGAUGACAGACGAGGGACUGACUGCCUUACAUCUCUGCAGAACACCACAGUCACUACGUUGUGCAAAAACCUUGGUGAGAUAUGGUGCCACAGUGAACUUAUCCAGUGAAGAGGAGGAUGAAACACCGCUGCAUGUGGCAGCUAGACAUGGUCUGCCCCACCAUGCACAGCUGUACCUACGAUUCGGAGCCUGUGUGAACCAUAGCAGCUCUACAGGUGAAACGCCACUUGGAGUUGUUUGUGGAGUCGCCCAAGAAAAGACAGUCGACAGCCAAGAUGAACAAUACCUCGAGAUCUGUCGUCUCCUCCUGGUCUAUGGAGCUAACAUUAAUUUGUCUGAUAAACAGCGGCGCAGUCCUCUACACAAGGCAGCCCGCAAUGUUCAGCUGAAGUUGGUGGAGCUUCUCUUGGACAAUGGGGCUGAUAUCAAUGCCAUUGAUUAUAACGGAUGCUCACCGUUAUCGAGUGUUCUACAAAGUUCUGUGGUUCGGCAAGAGUGGGAACCUCACAGGGUGGUUCAGACCUUGUUAAAUCGCGGCUCUAUUAAAGUCUGGCCACAAGCACUGCUGAAGGUAUUAACAGCCUGUGCAGAUGCACCUAAAACUGUGGAAAUCCUGUUUAACUCCUACACACUUGUUCCUGUGACCUCCAAGUGGGUUGAGGCUAUACCUGAGGAUAUUUUUCAUUUUCACAGAACCUUUUAUGAGUCUCUUUUUGCACUGGAGUAUAAGCCACGUAGUUUACAGCAUCUGUGUCGGUCUGCACUGAGGAAACAGUUUGAGAAAAACUGCUGCUUGCUCGUUGCCAGGCUUCCUGUCCCAAAGCCACUUCAACAGUAUCUUCUUUUGGAACCGGAGGGGUACAUUGACUAGAAUCAGACCUUCUGACAGAACCCUAAAGAGAACUAUACAAGGGGUUUUAAUGCUAGAAAUGUAACACUCUGACCAAGACGACUGCCUUAAAUUUCACUUUCAAAGUCACCAUACAGUGACAUUUUUAGAGAUUGUAUUUUUUCCCACUUGUCUACAUAUAAAUAAACUGAUAUAUUUGUGUAAAUAGCUUUGCGGGAUAUUGUAUUGUUUGAAUGACAGUAUUUUAUGUUUAUGCUGUGGGUCCUUUAUUCAUAUUUAUAAAUAUAAGCUCAGUAAACGUUUAUUGCAUAAUUAUUUCAUUAAGAAAUAUUUUUAGUCUUGUAAAUAAAAUAAUAUCUUUUGUCUAGUCUGACUGUCAUUUCUUUCCGUCUGACUUCAUUUCCCCAAUGUACAGUGUGUCAUAUGUAAGCAUUGGUGAUCACAGCACAGCUAUAGCAACGGGGCUGGUAGA